AUGUAUAAUUCACUACCUGCUUCGUACUCCGCUGGCUUUAUUGGUAGCAGCUGUUAUGGUCUAUCAGCAAAUAAUAACACUCAUGAGAGAAUAUAUAGUAAUAUACCAGCAACUGAAGUUCUUGAGGAAAUGUAUAAGACACUGAAAUUGGAUAUUCCUCCAAUGUAUACGUUUCGUCAAGAAACUAGUUCACAAAAAUAUUUUUGUAGUGCUGGUUUUAUUAAUAUAUGGUAUGAUACAAAAGAAACCUUUUCGAAUCAAGAAGGAGCAAAAGAAGCUGCUGCUCAAAACCUAUUAAAGGUAAUUAUGUCUUCGGAAGAGCAUGAAAGGUUCCUUCAGGUUCUAAAAGAAAAAAAAGAAAAGUUGAAUACGAACUACCAAGAAGCAAAUGAUGAUGGAGAGUUAUCCAAGCCAGUCAACCCUUCAAAACUGAGUAAGAAGAAAAAGAAGAAAUUACGAAAAAUUCAACAAGCUGUCGCGGCAAUAAAUCAAGGAUUGAUGCAGGCUAAUCAGGAAAGUAAACCUAAAAAGGUGCAAUUUGACGAUAGGAUCCUAAUUCUUGGUAAAGAUUUUAUACCAAAAUCAAAUAGAUCAAGAGGUAUAAGGAGUAUAAUGAGUCAAAGAAGAGAACCUUACCAAAUAUUGGUAGAGGAAUAUGCGGAAAAAGAUAAAAAACGCGUUCCUGCUAGCAAGUUGUUGGAUGAGUUUUGUACCAUAACAAAUAUUUCAAAACCAAUUUAUGAAUUCUACGACGAUGGUCAAGGGAACUACGUCGCUUAUAUUCUAGUUGGUGAAAUUAAAUAUAUGGGUGAACGCGUUUUUUGGUAUCCUUAUGAAGCUCAAGAGUGCGUAGCAGAGAUGGCAUUCAACGUAUUAUAUGCUAAAAGUGAUGAGAAUGCACGAAUGGAAAUCAAAAGGAGAAUUCCUCAUCUACCUAAUGAAAUGUACGCAUCAUUAACUUUAUCACAACAAGGAUAUGUAUCGCAAAAUCAUAUGCCAACGUAUCCCAAUCCUUUCAUGCAACAACCAUUUGAAAUGGCAUCGCAAUUGCCUCCGUCAACUUAUCAAAAUGUUCCGAUGGGAUUUACAUAUCAACCAAUGUUUAACUUACCACCCACAACUCCCUAUGCAUCUUUUUCAACUUCUCAUGCUCCAAACCUUGAAGGUGUUCAGCAAAUGUGUCAAGAAAUUCCAGUAAACGUUCCAACGAAACGUGCAAUUAUAACAGAUGUACCUCAACGGCAAAAGGAAUCCGUAACACAAAAUUAUCCUAGCAUUUUGUAUAAACUUGUUAAUGAAAAUGAUUGGGGUAUUAUCGAAUAUCAGUUCAGUAAAACCUUUAAAGGUUAUAGAUGUACUUGCCAUGCUAGAAAGUUAAAAUUCAUUUCGAAUCCUUGUGAAGAUAAAGAAUCUGCUAAAAAUCAAGCAGCUAAAAUUGCUUUCUUGGCGUUCUUGGAAUAUGGUAAUUCCGACGAAAAUCUAUUAUAA